UACUGGCAGCCUUUGAUGAGCGUGGUUGUUGCAAAAGUCAGAUGGCAGAUCUGCGAGAAGGGUCUUGAUUUCGAAAUUCACCGGUUCGGUGUUGAGCAGACGGGAGGAGGAGCGAUAUCAUGAGAAUUUUGGCUUGAAGUUGUACUCGUCGACUGGAACUUGGCUAACUCGAGUCUAUUGCACAGGAUAGGCAUGUCCUUCCACCCAAUAAUAGGAAAAAAUUUGACAAGCCGUGAAGAAGUCUGUUCACGAUGUGAAUUUGGAAACCAACCCCGCCAAACGCGUCAAAAGAAAGUACGCGCACACGUGAUUUUGGCUGAUUGGUGCCUACAAGGCCAUCUUGAGCCACAUCGUCAUUGUGGUUGGUUUCUCUUUUCUGUGAUUGGGGUGGUCGUUUCAUGGCACUUCUCUGGCUCUGCAGGACUGGAACUUGCACAUGUUCAAUUCAAGCAUUCGAAGAACGAUCGAGAGCCGGCUCUAGUAGCAAUGAGCCAUGCUGUUGAACGUAUUCGAAGAUUCAUAUACAAUAGAAGCACCCGGAUUGCAGAAAUGGCGAAUGAUUCGAACCUGCUUGAGAAUGGUUGUCGAAAUUAUAAUUACGAAAAGAGAAAAGAAGUUGAACAGGACUUGUGCGAUGAUGGCAACGAAGCGAAAUCGAUGGUAAUCUUUAGUAAAGAAGGCAAGAUCAGCCUUGCAUCGAGACUAAGUGCUCGACAUCAGGAAAAGGAAGAAACGUUCCCAGACCACAUCCGAAGGUUCGGUGGUUUCGAAAAUCCCGACAUCAUUUGGCGCUGAUUUCUGGAAGUAUCGAAAAGCACAGUCUAGACAAACAACUCGGCUUGCUGAAUGAUUGUUCAGCUCG